CCCCUCACGGGCCCGCGCCCGCCCCUGGCCCGCUGUGAGUCCCCUCCCCGCUUGCAGCGCUGGCCCUGCGGUGCCGCCGGCUGCACACCGUGUACCAGAGCGCGGAGCUGCCCGAGACGCACCAGAUGCUGCGGCAGAUGGUCCGGGACUUCGCAGAGAAGGAGCUGAUGCCGCUUGCAGCGCAGCUGGACAAGGAGCAUCGCUUCCCGGCCGAGCAGUCCUAGGCUGAAGCUCAGCAGACUCAAAGGUGAAGAAGAUGGGUGGCUUGGGGCUGCUGGCUAUGGACGUGCCAGAGAAGUACAAAGGAGCAGGCCUUGACUACCUAGCCUAUUCCAUCGCUGUGGAGGAGAUCAGCAGGGGCUGCGCGUCCACGGGUGUCAUCGUCAGCGUCAAUAACUCCCUGUAUUUAGGGCCAAUACUCAAGUUUGGCUCCGAAGAGCAGAAGCACCAGUGGAUUUCUCCCUUCACCAGUGGAGAGAAAAUUGGAUGUUUUGCCCUCAGUGAGCCAGGAAACGGCAGCGACGCGGGUGCAGCCUCCACUAUGGCGCGCCUGGAUGGGGAUGAGUGGGUUCUGAACGGUACCAAGGCCUGGAUCACCAACGCCUGGGACGCCUCGGCCACAGUGGUGUUUGCUACUACGGAUAAAUCCCUGAAGCACAAGGGCAUUAGUGCAUUCCUGGUUCCCAUGCCAACAGCUGGGCUGUCACUGGGGAAGAAAGAAGACAAACUGGGAAUCCGAGCCUCUUCCACUGCUAACCUGAUAUUUGAGGACUGCCGAAUACCCAAGGCAAACCUCCUCGGGCAGCCAGGAAUGGGCUUCAAAAUUGCCAUGCAAACUCUGGAUGGAGGAAGGAUUGGUAUUGCCUCACAGGCACUUGGAAUAGCACAGGCAGCUCUGGACUGUGCUGUGGAUUAUGCUGAGAAGAGAAUGGCCUUUGGGUCACCCAUCACAAAGCUUCAGGCAGUGCAGUUCAAGCUGGCAGACAUGGCUGUAGCCUUGGAGGGUGCGCGCCUGCUGACCUGGAGAGCUGCUAUGCUGAAGGACAAUGGAAAGCCCUUCACGAAGGAAGCGGCAAUGGCCAAACUGGCUGCAUCGGAAGCUGCAACAUCCAUUGCUCAUAAGGCUAUCCAGAUCCUGGGCGGGAUGGGCUACGUGACAGAGAUGCCAGCGGAACGGCACUACCGCGACGCUCGGAUCACCGAGAUCUAUGAGGGGACCAGUGAGAUCCAGAGACUGGUGAUUGCAGGCCAGCUGCUGAAGGCCUACCGAGGCUGAGGGAGCUGCCCCAAGUGUGUUGUAAUGGUGCAUAGUGAUGGAGUUUGACCCUCUUGAAUGAAGCUGUUGAUGGAGGUUUUCCUCACCAAUGGCUAACUGACCCUCUAGUUAAAAUGUGCUGAUUCUUCUUUGGACAAAGUGUGGCGCACUGAGGAUGGACUGAGGUUUGCAAGUGAUGGCUGUGAGUGCAGGAGGGAGGAGGCAACCUGUGCUCAUAGGGCAGCCUGAGGCUUUUGCUAAAUGGGACUAUUCAAAUGGCUUGGUAGUGGCAAAAUGACAGUACUUGCCAGCCACUGCCUGUUUUGCUAAAUUUGUCACUACAUGGCACUGGAUAACCAGUGCCAGAAUUAAGAGAUGCUGCGAGCCAUGACUCCUGGGCCCUGCUUCAGGCUGCUGGUCAUGUGCCUCUGUAGAUCAGACUUCAGUGGAGUUCAGGUGUGGGAUGCAGCUGUCUGUGAGCUCCUAAUGGGACAGCCCGGGCUGAGAUAAUCCCUGCAGCAGGGCUCUUCUCACUUCCAGCAGGAGAGGAGCCAGACAGGAGGACAUGCAGGGACAACCCCCACACAGAAGAAUCUGAGCAGAGACUGUAGUUGCUGUAUGCACAGAUUUGAAAACACAAAUAAUUCCUCGAUCUGGGCCAGCAGGGCCCAGCACCUGCUCACACAGCUGCUCUGGGAUGUAGGGAUAGAAGCAAAAGAAAGCAAAGAGGCAGUGCCUAGGACUACUUCAUAAAAAAACCCAACCGAACGAAAAAACCCCUCUGCUCCCAAAUCUGCUUCUGCAGUAUCAUCAAGAAAGGAAGUGCCUCAUAGGGCAGUAACAGCUUUUAAUCUUGACAUGUUCUGGGCAACGAGGAAAUUAAGAGAUGACACGCAAACCUCACCAGGAAGCUUUAGCAGUAGCACAUCCUCAAUGAGUGAUCAUUGGUAAGACAUUAACUUUAGGAGCAUCAACAGCCAAAGGAAAAGCUCAAAACUCAGAAGAGGGAGAGGAUUAAGAUGACAGCCAAUGUGGUCUGGUCUGCCUCCUUGUCCAAAGAAGUACACUAGAGGGAAAUGGUUAUUUUCCUGUGGUGCCAUUAAUUUAGACUUGUGUGCAGAGAAGAGCAGGAUUCUGUUACACGAGCGAGCAGAGAAGACAAAUAAAACCUGAUUUUAAAGGAC